GCAUCCGAUGAAGGCAUCCACCUUGGAAGAGUCAUCUUCGAGCUCUGUCCUCUGGGCCAUCAACUCCGUCCCACAGCCCUCAACGAGCUUGCACAAGCCCUUCAAACACGCUUUGAUCAGCACGGCAGCAUCGAUGAUCUUGACACGAGCAUACAACUCGGUCGUGAAGCCGUAUCUCU